CCCCUCCCGCUCUCGCCUUUCUCUUUUCCCUCUCUUCACUCACCACCACACUCUCUUUAAAUCCAACUACAGGCUGUCUAGACGACACUGCUUCACGCAAACCCACCCUCUCUUACCAACCAAUUUGCGCAUAUCAGCCCGGUGCUCCUUCGCCCAACGCCCUCAUUCGGUAAUCAAUUUCACGAAUCAGAAACCUCAAACCCACCAAAAUGCAGUUCUCCACGCUCUUCACUCUUGCCGCCGGCGCUGCCGUUGCCGCUGCUCAGAGCACCUCCACUCUGACCUCGACGACCACCUCCAUCGUCACCAUCACCCAGUGCCCUGAGACCGUCACAAACUGCCCUUACCGCACUCCUACCGCUCCUGCGACCACCAGCGAGGCUGUCACCACCUCUGCUGCUCCCACCACCUCGGCCGCUGAGACCACUGCUGUCCCGACUUCCAGCCACCUCCCCAUCUGGACCGUCUCCAACAGCACCUCUGCCACUGCUGCUGGCACCAACCCCGUCGGCACCACUGCUCCCACCACCAUUGUCACCGUUCCCGCUGGCACUGGCGCUGGCUCUGGCGCUGUUCCUACCGGCCCCUCUGGCUCUGGCGCUGGUGCUCCCACUGGCAUUCCCUCUGUGCCCACCAGCGGCGCCGCCAAGAUGGUUCAGUCCGGCUCCAUCGUUGCCGCCGUGGCUGCUGCCUUUGCCCUGGUCUUCUAAGCUCGCAGCUUGCUGUUCCACGACUUUUAGAUAUUCUAUUCUGUCACUCUUUUACCUUACAAAGGAAAUUUAUUCUACGGGGAAGGACGUUUGGUGGCUUUUUUGAAUCGGCGGAUACAAGGAAGGUGAAUAGAUUACGAAUGAGUUUGGGUCGAUACCCGGUGUUUUUCUUGGACUUCACUUCUACGCUCUGGAUGAGCGGGCUGGUUGCUUCUUGACGAGCAGUCGUCGAAAGCACCAGAUGGGCGCAUGGAUGCAGCAAUGGGUAGUUUUGGUGCCCCUUGACUGCGGCGAACGCUUUUACUUUUUUUUUUCUUUUGGGAUCGGCCUUGGCCGGGCCGUCUUUUUGGGACGAGACAUGAACAAAAAGCAUUUUUGAUACCUUUGCAUUACAAUGAAAAUCCCAAAUGUCAUGAUAAUCUUGUGCUACUCUU